AUGGAUCAAGCCAGGGCAAUGCUUGAUGCCCUCAUGGGCCCUCAGAGAGAUGUGGAAAAGAAAAGGAAGAGGAACCCUGCAGAGGAUUGGAAAGAUGAAUCGGUCUGCCGGAGUUUCCUUGCGGGCUUCUGCCCCUUUGACAAGGAGGUACUGGGGGGCAUGCGCAAUAUCAAGGUGUGCUCCAAGAUUCACUCAGAGGCCAUCAGAGAUUGCUUCGAUAAGCACGAGGAAGGAGCCAAAGACAGUGAUCUUCGUGGAGACUUUGAAAUGGAAGCCGUCCACGCCUGCGAGGAGCUCAUGCAACGGGCAGAGGAACACAGUGCCAAGGAGGUGGAACGUCUUCGCAGUGAGCUGCGAGUCUCAAAGCCCAAAUUACCGGCAGAGACCCUUGCAAAACUGGAAGAACUCAGGGCUGAAGCUGCUGACAUCGAACGACGAGCUGGGCUGUUGAUGAAAGACGCCAAGCAGGGUGGUGGAUACAAGAACCUCUCGCUUACGUGGUCUCGCGCUGCCAAGGAGAAACUUGAUGAGGCAGAAGAGCUUGAGAAAUCUGAGCAGAAGAGGAUUGCAGAGAGUAUCCAGCCGAAAUCCUGUGACAUAUGUGGUACUGUCACACUGGACGAGGCCAAGUUCCAGGCCCAUUUCCACUUUGACGUGCACGAAGGCUACAAGCAGGUGCGAGAGCGCCAUGCUCAACUGCAGGCUCGCCAGAGAGAGCGACCCAAGGAAAGCGGCAGAAGUCAAAGUCACCAGGCCAGUCAAGCCAGAAGUCGAUCAGCUUAUGGCGAUCGACAUCAAGAGAGAAGUCGAAGCUGGAGCCGACAGGCCGGCAAUCAGAGAAGGCAUGAAAGGGAUGCCAGUCGAGGGGGAGAAAGAAGUCGAACGGCUUAUGGCGAUCGACAUCAAGAGAGAAGUCGAAGCUGGAGCCGACAGGCCGGCAAUCAGAGAAGGCAUGAAAGGGAUGCCAGUCGAGGGGGAGAAAGAAGUCGAACGGCUUAUGGCGAUCGACAUCAAGAGAGAAGUCGAAGCUGGAGCCGACAGGCCGGCAAUCAGAGAAGGCAUGAAAGGGAUGCCAGUCGAGGGAGAGACCGAAGUAGAAUAGCUUACAGCGAUCGACGCCGGGAUAGUCGAAGCUGGAGUCGUCAGGCCCUCAAUCAAAGAAGAAACGGGAGAGAUGAUAGCCGAGGGAGAGACCGAGGUAGAAUGGAUUACAAUGAUCGAAGACCUCGGAACAGAAAAGAUGCCGAUGAUGGCGGCCGCCUCAUCCUGGGAUUCAAGCUGCAACUUUCGAGCCCGCUGUGGCAGAAGGCAAGUGCAAGCUCCGAUCACCAGACUCGCCAGACCUGCCAGACCCAGGACUUGGUAGGCGAUCAGAAUGGAGAUAGCGGAGAAGCAACUCACUCGCCCAAACUUCGCCAUGAUUUCCCUAUGUUUGACGAUGAUGUGCUUCGCAAACAACUACAAGAAUCUGCCUAUCACCUGGGCAAAGCGAAGCAAUCUUUGUCAAAGCUCGAGACUACAAAAGGUGUCAAGCUAGUGCCUGCUGACAUUCCGGUUCAGCAAGCACCAGUGCCAAGGGGGGAACCAGCGAGGUUGAUCGCAAAUGUCAUUGCCAGAACAGACCAUCCAAAUAUGCCCCUGUACUGCUUUAUUGCGAUGAUCACAAGGUCUACGCAAUCAGAGAAGUACUGCCCUGGAAGCAUCGUAAGACCGAUCCCUGUGGACCGGUUUCGACUCUUGGGGGAUGAGAAAGGGCAUUUUUGGCUGAAAAAGAGAAGGGUUCCUGACAUAGGUGACAUUGUCGAAAUUCGUUUUUUUGAGGAGGACACCAGUGAGUACAUCAGCAGUGCACAUGGAAACUCUCCACACCAAAAUGAAGACCUUUUGUGCACAACGUUGACGCUACGUCAUCGAUGUGAUCUCGAAAAGAAUGAUUUCCUCACUUCGACUCUGAUGUCAAUGGCCGUCGAUGACAUACAGAAGAAGUGGCCCUGGAAGCGGGCCCUUGGGAAGUUUGAGUCCGUCACACCAGGAAAGAAGAUCUGGUUUGUUCAUCCAAACCAGCGUCUCAAGUCCGUGAUCAUUUUGAGAUUGAAGCGUCCGAGCGAGGUGAGCUUCAAAUAUCGCGGGGCUUCAAAUGACCGGAUUAGUGUGGAUUUCCCAGCGGCAUACAAGAGGAUUCUCAGAGACAUUCCUGUAACUGCUGCUGGUUUCAAUGCCACACCUCCUGAGUUGAACAGCUGGUUCUCAGAGCAAUGUGACCGUGCUGAGCAACUCUUCGUGCUUGGCCUGGCUCGGGUUGAAUGUCAGUGCCCUCUGGGAGUCAAUCGCUUGGAGGAAUUGCCGGAUCGGUUGAGGCGUCAUGUGGAUGUUGAGAUGCUUCCAAAGUACUGCCAGAUCUUGUUGAUCGGAGUCCUACCAUGCCCCAAGGGCAGGCAGGACCAUGUUCCAUUCAAGCAUGCAACGAGGACUGUUGCAAAGCUUCCAGUGCAAGCACGCAAAGACACAGGAAAGACAAACCCCUCAACCAGAGACAGGGCACGUGGGAUCGCCAGUGGCAGCUUUGAGCCGGGAUUUGUGCGAACCACUGGGCCUCCUCCGUUGGCACCUUUAGAAAGUAGGCUGCGAAGGGGGAAGCAUGGUCCCCGGCACACCGCCGCCGGGAAUGAGCCUUGA